CGCUCCAGACCGCAACACUUCCACCGGGUUGCUCGGUUCGAGUCCUCAAAAAGACGUCCGUGAAUCGAGGAAACUCCAGGAAAAACACCCGGUGAGUAAAGCACAGAACCUGGUCCUAGACCAUUCCAAAGGCCCGCUGCACGUGCGGACGCAGAUUUUAGAGAAAGAACAGGAACUGUUGAAAAUGUACGGACGGCGAGUACCGGUCGGCAUGGAGCUUGAUAAAUACGACCAGCAACAGCAGGCGUUUGGUGCGAUGAAAGGAGAUGGGACAAGACAUCAGCGCGGCCCUCUACGACCUGCUCGUGCACCAGAUGAACAUCAUCAAGCUGGCUCUUCAGCAGCUUCAACAUCUUCCUCCGCCGACUCUUCCUACCAAUCGACCCACAUCGCGACUUCCACCGGGUUCGGAAAGCUGCUAUCUCUAAUCAUCGCGACCUACGGAGCCGGUACGAAGAUCAAGCACACAACCUCUUACACGGCAGGCACACUGUGGGCAAACCGCCCGAACAAGACUGAUUUUAAGUGCGCGAAACUGGUGUUGCAAGGGUGCUUGCAGUAUUCCAAGCAGGUGUUUGAGCACAGCUGGACGGAGGAAGUAAAGAUCGCGUGGGAGGCGUACGAGGAAGCCGUGACGUUUCUGAUCCUCAUUGCGGAUGCCGCGGAGAUUCGGAAAGAAAUAUUUGAGCUGGAACUUCUCAUGCUGGAAAUACUAGCGACGCAACUCCAGUACGAUGCGGCAAAAAGGUGCUACGAUAAUACGCUGUUGCUGGAGAAGAUGGUGACGGUUCAACGUCAGUAUGCAAAAACAAAGAACUCUUUCACCUCGUCCCCAGACGCGACGAAUCCGACGACCGAACUGCACCGACAAAUGAAGCACGAACUAGCGAAGCUGCUUUUCCUGUGUGACGCGCAGCCGCGGUAUCCACAGAAAAAAAACCCAUCCACAUCCAUUUUUUGCAUGACAAACACAGGACUUUAUGUAUGCUUUGCAUGACAAAUUGGAUGUGGAUGGGUGCUUUUUCCUGGAUACGCGGACUCUGUUAGACGCGGAGUGGCUGGAGGAAAAGGUGACGCCGUUUGUGAAAUUGCCGACUUUAUCGAAAGGAAAAAUCCCCCCUCCCCAUACAGAAGCGGAAACUUGUGAUGCUGUAUUUGAGUACACAUAUCGAAAUCGUAAUCGACUUGUAUUGCUAAAAGGCCUAGAGACGCAGUUGCGGCCUUAGAUGCAGGGAGGCGAUUCGUCAUGCUGUUUCCCAUUGUCUCCUGUCAUGCUGAAGAUGCAAGACUUUCCUACGCCACCCAGCACUACAGUCAGCUUCUUCGCAUUCUAGCAUGACAACACUCAUGAUUUGUGCGGCCACAAAGCACGCGUACACAAAUCUUCGGCCCAGUAUGGGGAGGUGGGGGGAUUUCUCAUUGUGAUAAACUUUCAACCUGGACCGCCUGCCGCCCAUCUUAACGAACCGCAUUCUCGACCUCGGCGGCAUACCGCUGGAACUGCGGAGAGGGAAGGACGCGCUGGCGAUGCUAGAUCAACUGCCCAUGGAGCAGUAUUUGCAGUAUCAAAUGUAAAAAUGUUUGGGUCUCCUGGAAGAUUGCCAGGUUUGUCAUGCAUAUUUUGCAUAACUACCCAUGAUCCCUGUAAUGCAUGACCUGGCGUCUGCGUCACAGAUUUUUGAAGGGCCUUCUGAUGCGUAUAAUUCCGCAUGAGAAUUAGAAACGGCCACUCAGCGCAGCACAAACUGCACUCCUCUUGCUGGUCAUGCAAUACAGAUCUUUUUGUUUUUUACCUUCCAAAGACAGCAUCAUAAGAAUAAGUUGCAACCUUCCAGACCCAGACAUUUUUGCAUUUGAUAUCCAGAUCGCUUUCACGAUUGUGAAAAACAGCUUUGACUACGAAAAGUGCAAGGAAAACAUCGGCACGUAUUACGAUCGGCGGCAGCUAGAGCGACCGAAGGAGGCGCUGUUCGAGCUGUUCUUGAAGGGCUGCUAUGGGGGGAAAAAGAAAAGGAAAACAGAAGGAACCACGCAAGUAGAACCAUCUUCAGCUAAUGGGAAGAACAAGAACAGUAAAUCUAAAUCCUCGUCCUCCUCCUCCAGAAGAACAAACGAAAAAGAGAACAAUAAAAACGAGCAAACGGAGCAGGACCUCAUUUUCGAACUCAACGAUCUCUUUCGUAUGCUGGAAUACCCGUUAAAAGCGCAACUGACCAAACUGACGACGGGGUACUACCAGGCACUCGCGAUUUUGGAAGUGAAUCCGUUUCCCUCCGAGUCAACCUGUUUCGAGGACGCCCGCGAACUACAGGGAAAGUUGGAAUUGAUCACGAGCAAGCCUAUCGUUGAAUCCGACCCGAGGGCGCUGGAGUUGCUGUUCAUUCUGUGCAGCCGAGAGGGGCGGAUUUUCGACUUCAAACUGCUCUUUUGGGAACUGUACUACAAGAGGAAGAUGAUUGAAGUAAAAGCUGAGGACGGUGAUAUUAAUUUUAAUGCGGAGCAGCAUGACAAAGACAAAGAACUUCUCGCCGCAGUCGCAGAAGGAGGAGGUGAAGAUGACCUCGUGGAGAAAAGCAUUCAACUCAGCGAACUCCAGGACGCGCAUCAUGUCGGAGAUGUAUCAAAAAAUCAUCCGGGACAGCAGGACGACGACGAUCACGAGCCGCUAGAGGCCAAGUUGCUGUGCAAUAAAAACAACAAAUCGGACGGCGAUAGUACAACACAUGAAAGCGGUCAGCAGUCAGGCGACCAAACAAGGAAGGGUAAAAACCUUUCCUCCGCGAGUUCUUUUGACGAGGAUGGUACUGAAAACGCUUCAAGCUCUACCUCGACCACCAGGAGAAAUGCUCGCGAAAAUGAUAAAUCAGAGCAAGAGAUCGGGCGCGAGCGCGUGAACAAAAAGCCGGCGUCUUUCUGGCUGAAGACGCCACUGCAGUACGGUUUGCAGUUAUCCAGGAAAAAAACUGUGUGAGUCGUGUAACUGUGUAGGAAGAGCAGCAUCACAAAUUCGCUUUGCAUUAGAGGGAAAACCUGUCAUGCGCAGCUAGUGCGUGGAAAUACGUAUGGAAGUAGCCUAUGACGCAGAUCUAGCAUGACAAGUGUAACAGUUUGGCACUUUCUGCAUCACAGAUUUACACUCACACAGUUUUUUUCUUGUAUAGCAGUGUGUCCAGAACUUUCUGAAGCUCGCGGAGCAGCAGAACUUGUAUCUGUUGAAGAAUCCGCCGUCUUCUCCAGCUUUGGAUCGCAGCUAUGCAAGAAAAAAACUGUGUAAGUGUAAGUCUGUGAUGCAAAAAAUGCAAAACAGUAUACACUUGUCAUGCCAGACACCCAUGAUCUCCUCUUUUCAUGUGUGUUUUCACAUUCACGUACUAGCUUUGCAUGACAAGCUUUCUCUGUCAUGCAGAGCAAAUUUGUAAUGCUGGCACUACAAGAUGAGACCUACACUAUUAACACAGUUUUUUUCUUGGAUAGCAGCCUCAGUCCAACUACAACUCCGUCGAAAAAACUGGACUUGUCGAAAACUAAGCGAGGGGGUACCACUGCAACUAACACCGAUCAUCCGAAUGCAUCUACUCCUGCAAGCCCGACCGGUAGCACGACUAGCAAGGCAAGCUCCGCCACGAAAAGUGCUACGGGAUCGUCAAAAAGCGGAAAUAAGAGCAAGGCAGCGACGUCAGCAAAGGCGGCGAAAGCGAAACCAAAAGCGAAAACGGGAGCGAAAAUAAACCAGAGUAGCAAGAAUGCGGCGAGUGCGACGAGCACUGUUGCAGUUACCGGCACCGCGUCGACGUUUUUGGUUUUGAGCAAAAACGCGGCUGGGGCGGUGAAAAAAUUGAAAAACAACGUGGGGAUUACCACAAAAACGGAGAAGAUCUACCAUGCGGAGGUUGUGGAAAGUGGUAGUGGAAUUGGUAGUUCUAGUACAACGGGGACACGUGGUCAACAAGAACAACUUUUUCGCGACCAGUUUGUUAAGCCGUUAACGAAAAUUCAGAAGACCCGGAUUCUGUACAGCGAGUCCUCUAUAUCACAGGAAAAGCGUAUAACGUUAACGGUUUUCACAGAUUGCAGUCAUGCGUCACAAAUGUAGCCCACUAUGCAUGCUAGGCAUGACAAAUUCUGACACGUCUUGCGAUACAUUUCUACAUCACAAAUUCCGUUAACGUUAAACACUUUUAUUUUCGUGUGAUACUCUAUCGAGGAAAAUCGUCUUGUUGCCCGAGACUUCCUGCGGUUUCUGUUCGCAUACCAGGCCUUUGAAACAGCAAGUCCGGAGGCGGGAGAUCCAGAUCAUGAAGUUGUUGAUCAAGACGGCACGCAGGAGGGUCUGAACAAGGAACAGACAGACGCUAAAAAGAAGCCCACGACCGCGACUCCGCUUGUGGACAUGUCGGCGCUGCAGAACGCGACGGAGAGCCAGGAGCUGACGCAGUUGCAGAUUUCCAACAUGCAGGCCCGGUUACACGAGAGACAGCAGUAUUUGAUGGACCUGUAUUCGUCGGAAAACAAAAAUUUGCUUUCGUAGAAGAUGGUAAACGGAAAAUAAAUAAGGACAACUAGUACAUCAACUUGAUGGCUUCUACUUUGUCUUGUUGCUAGAGCACGAGUGCUACUGUCCUCAACAGGAAUGAAUUACUUGAGGCACCAGCAGAUGAUUC